CAUAGCCAAAGAAAGAUACCAUGCUACUAUGCUGGGCACUGGCGAAAAUAUAUCCAGAUCAACCAGAAAGCCCAUCUGAGAGGCGGGAAUUUCCCUCUAAAAGGGCACCCGCCUCCUGGUCUGCGUGUUUGAUUAACCGCCAAGUUGGUUACAUACUCGGUGCAUCCGUGUUUUUGAAAACAAUGAAGGGACGGACGGACGGACUGGGCAGGUGGAGCUCCCCCGGAAUAUCUUCAUCCCGGACACGCUAGUCCAGACACGGCCAAGCCUUGUCCGUGAAGAGGCUUAGCGUGAAUUCUCGGCUGAUCCCUACAGAAACGCUCUGAUUGGCUACCGGGGCGUGUUUCAUGUUUUGCAACUCUUCAUCGCGACAAGCUCCAGCAUACGGUGAAGCAAUGAAACCUCCUCCGGCGGCUAUCUGCAAAGCUGCCCUUCGAACUAGAAUCCUGAAGGAAAGCAAUGGAUUCGCCGUCUCCAAUUCGCCAUGUCUUCAAAUGAUCCACCAUUUCCCCUGUGAAAGGCUUCUUAGCCUGUCAUGCUUAAAGUGCAUGGUAUUCGAAUGAUUGGCCACCAGCCUGCACUGAGCUGGAGGAAUGCUAUUCCUGUCGUGGCUAACCGCCCAGCCAAGCUUUGAGCUUUUUCUGCAGGACCAGUGGCUGCUGUCCGACCUCUCAGAUACUCGGGUUCUCCAGACACAGGGUGUAAACCGAGUAUCUCCUAAAAUAUCCCACGCUUGCUUAUUUGUCUUUCUGUUUAUACUAGUAUCGGGAUAAACUUCAGCUGUGGAGCGGGCAGCAAUGGGAUGUACCUUGUUCCCGCUGUUUUUGUCGUUGGCAGCUGAUACAACAUCGGAUCCCGUGAAGAAUCGGGGAGAUCGGGCGCUAUGGCAUGGAGUCACUGUCCUUGGGCUCUACAAUAAAGAGACCGGCUCUCGCCUUCAGUAUUGAAUUUAAAAUAUAAUUUCAUUCUUCUUCCUAUUGUCUCCAUUAUCUUCCCUUCCUGGAUGAAGGGUUUUCUUUUUUUUUUUUUACUUCAUUUGUCAACCUUCAUUUAAUGGCAUUUCCUUUCAAUAGAGCUUAAUAACACCUGAUUGACCUGAAUAGCCAUCUUCUUGCCGGCACUAUAGAUACUUUCCCUUCCAAUUCCUCAACUGUCCUUAUUCUCUCUGCCUUUCUUUUCCACUUUUUCUAUGCUUGUUUGACACAAGUUGCAAUUGUUACAUCUUCUGCCACCAUCAUAGACAGUUGGCAACCCAUACUUAAGUCUUUUCUACCGAGAGAUCAUUCCUUGCUCUACCACAUGCGCUGGCCGUAGCCAUUUUAGACAACUCAAUUAUCAUGCAGUUCUUACGCUUUAUUCCUCGCUCGUCUCCUGGCCUGCCUCCAUAUGGCGCCCACGACCCUCCCAUGAUGCAGAACCCCGCGCCGACUACAGCUCCCCCGGGGGCAAUCACGCCUUAUCUCGGGUUCAAAGCCCGACUGUCGCAAAUAUGGAUCAACAAGUGGACAAUAUUAUUGCUUCUUGUCCUCGCUCGAGUUCUGAUCGCUGUCACUGGAUUGAAUGACAACAUGGCAUCCGCAAAACGUGAAGCCCUCUCUGCCUGUACCAGCGUCGAAUCGAUGGGAAGCGCGAUGGCAUCGAUGCCGCAUUAUAUGUCCAAGGGAGUUAACGAACUUACUGCGUCUGGUGUUGAGAGAGCAGUCAAUGGACUUAUGUCCAUGUUGCUUUUGACCGUUACGGGAGUGGAAGAGGUGGUUGUUUUCUUUGUUAACGUAUUGACGCAAACAUAUCUCUGUCUUAUUACGCUUGCAGUUUCCGGCAGUCUGCAUGUCGCCCUGAAAGUUGUUGAGGACGCUGCUGAUUUUCUCAACAAGACUUUGGCAGACGUGACCGAGGGUAUCGAGAAGGGAGUCGAUGGUUUCGAAGACAAGAUUAACGACUUCCUUAAGGGCAUCAACAGUAUUACCAGUGCGUUUGGCGGGGAGAAAGACCCCCCAAAGCUUGAUAUUGGCGGAGAUCUUGAUAAGUUGAAAGAAAUUCGUUUGCCUUCCUCCUUGGAUGAAGGUCUCAAGAAGAUCAACGAUUCGAUCCCGACAUUCGAUGAAGUUAAUAAAUUCGCAAACGAUGCUAUUCGAUAUCCUUUUAAAGAGGUUAAAAAAUUAAUCAACCAGUCACUGGAAGAAUAUAAGUUUGACCGCUCAGUAUUUCCUGUUCCGCAAAAAGAGAAACUGAGUUUCUGCGGCGACAACGAUGGAAUCAACUCUUUCUUCGGCAAAAUCGGGUCCAUUAUCUCAACAGCAAAGAAAAUCUUUAUUGCUGUCUUGAUUGCCGGUGCUGUCGCUGCGUGCGUCCCGAUGGCCCUCUUGGAAAUUCGAAGAUGGCGUCAUAUGAAAGAACGGGCGUCACUUGUGCAAAAGAAUGACCACGAUCCUAUGGAUGUGGUAUACAUUGUUUCUAGGCCAUAUACCUCUACUGCUGGGUUGAAGAUCGCCAGUUGGUUCAAGCCGGGCCGGAGACAAGUACUCGUUCGUUGGAUUGUUGCCUAUGCGACAACAACUCCAGCUCUUUUUUUACUCGCACUCGGGAUCGCAGGACUGUUUUCCUGUGCUUGCCAGGCUAUUCUCCUUCAUGCUGUCAAGAAAGAGGUCCCUGGGUUAACAAACGAGGUUAGCCAGUUUGCCGACAAGGUAGUCAUGAGCCUCAACAAUGCCUCUGAGCAAUGGGCCAUCAGUACCAACCGUGUUAUCGCCGAUACAAAUGACGACAUCAACCAGAAAGUGUUUGGCUGGGUAAACACCUCUACCACUUCCAUCAACGACACCUUAAAUGUCUUCGUUGAUAAGACUAGUGAUGUCCUCAACGACACAUUUGGAGGGACGAUCCUACAUGGCCCAAUAAAAGAUGUCCUAUACUGCCUCAUCGGUCUCAAGAUUCAAGGUAUACAAAAAGCACUAACAUGGGUCCAUGACCACGCCCAUGUUGACUUCCCUAACAUGCCAAACGAUACAUUCUCUCUCGGAGCCGUCGAGUCCAUCGCGAACGACAACAAAUCAGAUCCCGAAAGCUUCCUCGCAAGCCCGGGCGACAAAACGGCCGACGCAAUCACCCACGUUGUCGUUCGUGUCACCGAAGCCAUUGAAAACGCAAUUCGCACCGAGGCUUUGAUAUCCACUUUCUUAAUCGCCCUUUGGUUUGCGAUUCUCCUCAUCGCCGUCCUGCGUGCUCUCACUCUCGCUUUUCGCCGGGACAAACCCCGUGGUGAAGGCGGAAUCGAUGCAACAUACCACCCACCUGCACCACGCGCCGCGCAUGCCGUAGGGUCUAUGGAGAUGUCAGAUUUCUACAAUGUUCCUCUUACAGGAGUCCCAAAUGCGAACAGUGACGGCGGCUUAGCGCCUAAAUAUAGCACGACUCCACACGUUCGUGGAGGAUCUCGUGGCUCUGAUACGGAUGAGGAGGAGUACCAAGCGCAGAAAUUGGGGUAUGCAGGGCAAAGAGACUACGAAGCUGCGUUGAAUAGAGAAAUGUGCAGGGAGAGUAGUUGCGGGCAGGUUAUGUAUGGGAGUGAGAAGCGGUAG